AGGCCACGUCGAAGUUAAGACACAAGUUAUACAGCAGUGCCGUGCCACUCCCGGAGACUCACUUCAGCCACCAGGCCCGGCGCUUACCGAAGACGGCGCUUGUGAAUGUUACGUCUGCUGGCUGCAGCAAGGCUUGCCACCUCUCCACCACUUCAUAUUCAAGUUCCUCCUUAGCUGGACGUGAACAACAUCCACGAGCUCUUCCAUAUACAUUUACUUGUGAAGAGUUAUGUCCUCUGCUGCUGCAAGAGCCGAGGCUAGGCGAAAAGCCAUCCUGAGUCGAGGCACAGACCGCCUCGCAAAGCUUACCUCCUCAGCAAGAGGAGAAGAUGCACCCGCAUACAUGCAUGAGGAUCCACCACUUGCUCCGCUCCCGAAACAUCCUAAUCUAGAGGAAUUCGUAGGAGAAGAGACCACGUUGCCAACUCCUCCAUCACUCUCUCGCACAUCUACAUCUUCUCGCAAACCCAGCUCAACCAGUAUAUCGGCAUCUUCAGGAUUAUCUAGUGCCGGUUUUGGAAAUCAUGCACCCGAUCCAUCUGUAUGGUCAGAGGAGCAGCAGAGACAACUGAUGCAAGCGCUCCUGGGAGGAGGCUCAGCGCAAGGGAACGCAUUCAGUGGACCACAACCACGAAUACCUUCAGGUCCUAGCCCAGAUCAAGCAGCCGAGGAUCCUCUUCUUGCCUUAAUGCAAUCCCUGACAGCAGCUGACCAACCUGGUCAAGCUGGCUUCGGUGGACAACCACCUGCAGCCGCUUUCCCCGGCUUUGCUUCACCACCUCUUCCGCCGAAACCCAAAACUCUAGUCCAAAAACUCAUGCCGCUAAUACACGUCGUCGCUGCGUGGAUUGUGUUGACAUACUUUGUGAUUUGGCGGGAACCGCAGGAGUUUGAGGAGACGAACCAUGUGGUUUCGAGUAGCGGAGAUUGGUGGAGGAGGUGGGCUGAACUUGGGUGGAAGAUUCCGGGAGAUGGGUGGGGAGUUCAAGCAGUGCCAUUCUUCUACGCUUUUACAACUCUUGCGAUUGCUUUGCACUCUUGGAGGAUAUUCUCCGGCCUUGACCCGGUACAACCGCCAACACUUCUUUCACUUGCAAUGACACAACUUCCACCACCAUUCCCCUCAAUCAUCACGAAUGGUCUAAAGUACCUUCAAAUAGCUGGAGUAUUCUUAGAUGACCUCAGUGCAGUCAUCGUCGCGCUUGGAUUCUUGAUAUGGAUCGCAAGCUGGGUAGCACAUUGAUUUGUGCAUGUGUACUUGCCUUCUGUUUACAUAGUGUAAUUUCCACUCGAGUCAUUUCCUCACUCACUUAUGACUUUGUCGCAA